AUGUUUAGUAAACAAUGUGAUGUGGAGCAUACUCACCUGGUGAAAAGAUUGGAUUAUGAUUUACUUAAUAAAAUUCAGAGUGAAAUCGACAAGAAGCCAGAUUCUGGUGAGGAAAGUGAUGGAAAACAACCUAGGGCAUCCAAGGAAGAUCAACAGUUGUUGUUUCGCACUGCGACUGCAAAGUCUGUUUAUCAAUGGAUAGUGAAGCCCCAAACUGCUAUCAAGUCAAAUGAAAUGUUCCUUCCCGGUAGAAUGGCUUUUAUUUUUAACAUGGAAAAUGGGUAUUCUCAUGACAUUCCGACUAUGGUGCAUAGGAGUAGAGCUGACUGUCCACAGCCUGAGGAAAUGGUUACUGUCAGUGUAGAUGGUUCUGUGCUUGAUCGAAUUUCUAAAAUCAUGUCAUAUUUACGUCUUGGAUCUUUUGGGAAGGUUCUCAAAAACAAAAAUAAGGAUAGAGAUGUAAAAGGAAAUAAUUGCAAGCAACUUGAGUUGGAAAAGUUAGUAGAUAUUUUGAAGCAUGCUCAUGAUUUGCUAUCAACAGAUCUUUCAAUAGAUUCCUUCAGUUUGAUGAUGAAUGAGAUGCAAGAAAAUAUAUCUCUCGUGUCAUUUUCUAGUCGACUUGCUUCACAGGUUUAG